AUGUAUAGCGUGGUGGCGCACCAAAAUUACAGAAAACGUGAUCGUUCACCUCGACCACAAAACGAAGGUUCGCCAACAGGUGGCCACACUGAGUCUCACAGGAAACUUUCUUUCUACCAACGUAUCUAUAGAUACGUAAAGCAACAGUUUCAACAAGAAAAAGAUGAGGAGACAGACGAAUUUAAUUUCCAUAUAGCAAGGUAUAGACCUGAAGAAUUACAGAAAUUAGCGUCGAAAACAAAAUUUACGAGGAAAGAAAUUCAAUUAAUGUACCGAGGAUUCAAACAGGAAUGCCCUACCGGAAUGGUAGACGAGGACUCCUUCAAACAAAUAUUUUCGCAGUUUUUUCCAUUAGGUGAUGCAACGAACUACGCUCAUUACGUCUUCAACACAAUCAAGCAAAAACAAACAGGAAAAAUCAGUUUUGAGGAUUUUCUUAACAUAUUGUCCAAGGUGUCCAGAGGUAGCGUCCAGGAGAAGCUCCAGUGGGUGUUCGGAUUGUAUGAUUUGAAUGGUGAUGGGCUCAUCACCAAAACUGAGAUGGUGGACGUUGUUUCGAGCAUUUAUGAAAUGCUAGGGAGAGCGACGCAUCCAAGUGUUAACGAAACCUCAGCUAAGGAACACGUAGAAAAAAUAUUUCAUCUAAUAGACACGAAUAAGGAUGGCGUCGUCACCAUCGAAGAAUUGGUGCAGUGGUGCUCUAGAGAUGAACAUGUUCUUAAAUCUUUAGAAACUUUAGACACUGUAUUGUGAUCGUAUGUGUUGUCCAUUCUAUAUUUUGAAAGUCAACCCCGGAUUUCCUCGAACAGCCUGUACAUAUAUUAAUGUUAAAAAUACUCAACCUAUCUCAUUAUACAUCUCAUUACGUACCUAAUUUGUUACUGUAGUUGUAAACUUUACAACUUUAUACGCCAAAUUUUAAUAUUGUUGUGCUAAAUUGUAAUUAAUAGAAAAAAGUAGAGUAAACCUGCACGAAAACUGUACAUAAGAAAAGCUAACGUGGCUAAUUUUGGGGCCAUUUAUAUUUAGUGGUUGUAGUUACUUAGAAAAGACUAUUUUGUGCUAAUACGAAAUUUUGGUGUUUUAUUGUUACCUAAAACAUGAUUUUGGUGUUUCUACUGUAAGCAUCAGUAUUAAAUCCGAAUAGCGUGCUCACAUUUAUUUAAAUAACAUUAUACAUUAAAUGUAAAUAAAAUCUUCUUCUUCGCUAACGACCGCAGCACAAAAAUCGUUCGUACAAGAACACCACUUGGAAUUAUGCGGCUUUAUCAGUUUUUUACCUAAAUUAGUUUUAUAAACCUAACGUUACUCAAUUGUUAUAAGUUUGACUUGAAAUUCUAAAAUUUUAGAACUGUUACUUAGAAAAAUGCAUGUGUUAUAUUCUUGUAAGGGUUUGACCCGCCAAAGUUCGUCAAUAUUGUGAAUAUUUCAUAAAAUUUACAGAAACUUAUUGUGAUAGCAUAUUUAUUAUAAGUAAUUAAGUACAUUUACUGUCACCUAAAUUUAAUGAUGUUACUAAGAACAAUAAAUAUUAAAUAAGUGUCAGUGUCAUAA